AGACCAAAAACCAAAAAGCAAAAAGAAAAAAAAAAAUCCCAGUCCCCAAAACCCCAGAAGCCCAGUUCCCACUCUCCUCCACUGUGCUGCAGUGUUGAUUGCUAGCUAUCUAUAUAUAUAUAUAUACACACACACACACAAAACGCACACCCAACGCUGCCACUCCCAGACUAAUAAAUCUUCCUUCUUCACUCGGCAGUCGGCACUCUCCCCCGAUCUCCUGCAAGCACGAUGGGCUCCGUCGCACGUGCCGGCGAUUCUACCGCCGCUCGUGUGCCGAAUGUGCUCGCUAAAAUUUUACUGCUAGUAGCACGCGUCGUCGUCGUCAUCGUCCUGAAUGUCACGCAGCAUGCUCCGGCAGUCGCAGCGUGGCGGCCGUGGCCUCACCUGUAUCUCAACACCACCAGCGCGACCGUCGGUGGCUUGGGAUUCGGAGCGAGAGCGACGGACUCGGACUUGGACUUGGGCGCGAGCAAGAAGUUCGAGGGAUCGUCGGAGUUCGUGCAGCUGCGCUACCACAUGGGCCCGGUGCUGACGGCCAACAUCACCGUCCACCCGAUCUGGUACGGGCGGCAGUGGUCCCGGGCGCAGAAGCGCAUCAUCCGGUCCUUCCUCCGCUCCAUCUCCCCCUCGUCCUCGGGCGUCCCCCCCCGGCGGCCCUCCGUGGCGGCGUGGUGGCGCACGGUCCGGCUGUACACCGACCAGACGGGGGCCAACAUCUCGGCCGCCGUGGCGCUGGGCGCGGAGAAGAGCGACCGGCGGCUGUCGCGCGGCGCCUCCCUGUCCCGGCUGGACAUCCAGGGGGUCAUCCGCGACGCCGUGACGGCGAAGACCCGGCCCCUCCCCGUGAACGCGAGGGGGGGCCUCUACCUCGUGCUCACCUCCCCCGACGUCGCCGUGGAGGACUUCUGCGGGCAGGUGUGCGGGUUCCACUACUUCACCUUCCCGUCCAUCGUGGGCUACGCGCUGCCGUACGCGUGGGCGGGCAACUCGGCGGGGCGCUGCCCGGAGGUGUGCGCCUACCCGUUCGCGGUGCCCAGCUACGUGCCCGGGGCGCGGGCGGAGCGGGCCCCGAACGGGGACGUCGGGGUGGACGGCAUGGUGAGCGUGGUGGCGCACGAGCUGGCGGAGAUGGCGUCCAACCCGCUCGUCAACGCCUGGUACGCCGGCGCCGACCCCUGCUUCCCCACCGAGAUCGCCGACCUCUGCGAGGGCAUCUACGGCACCGGCGGCGGCGGAGCCUACACCGGACAGCUGCUCCUCGACCGCCGCACCGGCGCCGCCUACAACGCCAACGGGGUCGGGGGCCGGAGGUUCUUGGUCCAGUGGAUCUGGAACCCCAUCCUCAACUACUGCUCCGGCCCCAACGCCCUCGACCAGUAAAACAUUUAUUUAUUUAUUUUACUUGUAUAAGAACCACGAGCUAGCUAUUUAGCUCCUAGCUAGCUAGCUAGUUUCUGCCGCUCGACCGGGCCCAUCGAUCGAUCGAUCGAUCGAGAGAGAGAGAGAGAACAUCAGUAGAUAGAUGCACGACCUUUAGUUACUCGUUAAUUAGUUACCCAUCACGAACGAGCGAACGAAUAUAUAUAGUUCCCUUAAUUAAUUAAGUGCACCGUUUUGAUUUUA